AUGAAUUCUAUACGUUUACAGAAAUACGCAAGUUUUAUAUUUGCCAUUUUUUACUUUUUUAAAAUUAGAGAUGGAAAAGUAAACUGUUCAUGUCAUCAAGAUAUAAAUAAAGAUGGCUACCCAUUACCUAUGUAUUUUAACUAUAAUAUUAAUAUUAAAUUUUUAUUUGAUUAUUUUAAAGCAGAAAAUAUGAACCAAUUUAUAUUUUAUAAUAUAUUAUGUAUAUUAUUAGGGUUCUUAUCAAUAUAUAUUAAAAUAAUUAAAAAGGGAGUAACUAAAAUAGAAAAAAAAUCAGAAUUAAGAGAAAACCUUCUUAGCCUUAAUAAAAUGUGUGCAUACUGGAGGUUUAAUUAUACAUUUUUGACAUUUCUUAAUUAUACAAUUGAUUAUUUAUUAAUGUUAAUUGUAAUGACAUUUAAUGUUUAUAUAUUUUUAAGUAUCAUGGGUGGAAUAUCAAUAGCUUAUUUAUUUUUAGGACACAAAGUUAUGAAAUAUUGA